CAAAUAUAAACGUAAUUCUUCUAUGGCAAGAUGAGGCUGAAGCCAAAAAGCUUCUUUCAUUUUCUGUGCUUAGAUAAAAUAUAUUGCUUAUUAUCUGUCAGAAAUGCCAGAGCUCUGACAGCUUACUUUCAUCUACUUGAUGUUCAUAAGAAGAACUCUUUGAAUAAUCUGCAGUUUUACUACUUCCUUCGUCAUGUAACUAAUCUGUCCAAACCUCAGAUUAUGCUGGUCUUUGAUUUACUGGAUUGGGAUGGCAAAGGGGAGAUCGGCUUUGAUGAAUUCUACAUGUUGGUGUGCAUCAUAAUGGCACAUGAGAACCAUCUUGAAAAACAGUUCAUGUAUCGUCAUUCUCAUGCUGUUUUUGAGUUGCUCGACAUUGAUGGGGGCCAUACAGUUGCUCCAGCAGAGUUCCAGGCCACGCGCUUCCUUUUCAAUGUUAGAAAGACUGAGCUGAGUCAGAUAUUCAAGGACUUUGACAUCUCAGGUGAUGAGCAAUUGAACUACAAGGAGUUUAGAAUGUUUACGAUCUUCUGCAUUGAUAGACAACAGAGGAAAGCAAAAGAUAAACUGAAAAGAGAGAUGGCCAAAGCCGCAGCUGAAGUUGAAGCAGAAGAAGAGUAUGCUGAUUUUACCAGAUUUAAACAGAAGUAGUUCUAACAGCAUAUAGAAUUAAUCUGUGACAGCUCUCCAAGGUUCAGCAAUUUAAACCAAAAGGAUAGUGAUAAGAAAACCUUGCAACAUGUUCAAAACAGCAACAAGAUACUAGUGGGCAGUAAUAAUAAGAUGGUGUGCUGUAAUAUUCAGUGUUCUUUAAAGAAUAAAUCACCUUUUAAAGUAUAACCUAUUUUUUAAAAAAUAAAAGAAGGUUGAGAAUCAAGAAA